AAUCGGGCCAAGAUGGGCCUUAGUGGGCUUGGUAGUGUUGUUGUUUACCGUUGAAUAUAAAACUAUUUUUCGUUUGAACUUUACCAAUCUGAAGCAGUUUGAUCGUUUCUACUUCUCUCCAAAUUCUCUCCUUUUACCAAACACACGACGAUGUCCAGACCCGCCGCCAAAGAUACGAUUGUUCUGAGGUGCUUCCCUCUGGUGCUGAGAUCAGAUCAUGCGGCCUCCUCGUCGUCUCAAGUCCCCAAAAGGUAUCACUCUCUAUUGGCUUCGCAAGAGUUGAACAAGACGCGAUUGCUGUUAGGUCGCACGAAAGAGAAAGAGCGUCUCUACGUGUGCUUGAGCACCACGCCUAAAUCAACCCCCAGCUGGUUUCUCCUCCGCCCUGAAACUACGGGGAAGAAGACCUUGAUCCCUGUGCCUUCUCUCCCCUCCCAGCCUCAGACUUUCUCCUCUUACGUGCCGUUGGAUUGGGGGAUUUACGUUAUCGGUGGAUUUAAAGACGGAGAUGUUCGCUCCUCUGACGUGUCGCUCCUGGAUUGUCGGACUAACACGUGGCGUGAAGUCCCUUCCAUGUCGGUUGGUCGAGCUGCAGCUGCGGCUGGAGCUGUGGACGGGAAGAUAUACGUGUUCGGAGGCUGCGAGGAGGUUAAGGAAUCAAACUGGGCGGAGGUGUACGAUCCGAAGACCGAAACCUGGGAGGCUUUCGCACCCUUGCCUGAUUGUAGCGAAGGUGAUAAUGUCGUCCGGGAGACGCUAGUGAUGGAUGAGAAGGUGUACGGAGUGGACUUCUGGAGCGGCAACUUUUUAAGCUACUCGCCGUGCGAGGGUAAAUGGGGAAGAAAGAAGACAGAAGAAGUCAAGAGCUACUAUUGUGUGGUGGAGAAAGUGUUGUACGGAUGUGAUGAAGUCGGGAAUGUGUUUUGGCGCGAGUCAGAGGAGGUGGUGUGGAAGGAAGUGAAAGGUUUAGAGGCUUUACAGGAGGUUUUCUCUGGCUCGAACAGUGUUAGGUCCUCUGCGUUCAGGGAGCGUGUAAGGAAGCUGAGCAGUUUCGGUUUGAACAUUGUGGUCUUUUGGGUUGGGCAUAAGGGAGAUGUUUGGUGUGCUGAGAUUUCCUUGGAGAGACGCGAGGAGGAGGAAGGUGAGAUUUGGGGAAGGAUCCAGUGGUCUGAAGAUCUCGCCGCGUUUCGGAACACCUUCAGGCGUCCCACCGUUGAGGUUUUGUAUGCAGCUGCUGUUAACGUCUAAAACGAAAUCAGUUGACAAAGGUUUGUGUUGUUUUGUCUGUUUGUUUGAUAUAAAGGUUAUAUUUGGGGAUAUUUCAAUUCUUUCUCUGGCGUUGCAUCAUCAUAUUCUAGUUCGUAAUAUGUUUGUAUGAUUUAAAUGCUUUCAUUCUCUGCAUCUGUCAUUGUCUAAUAAGAUUAAACAUCACAAACUUUCUUGAUC